CACUCUUACAAGCGUGGAUCUCAGCCAGAUACAGAGGUGAGGCAAAGGCGUGUUUUGAGAUGGCGAAAAAGUCGAAAAAGGAAUCUACUCCGGUCGAAGAGCCUGCAAGCGAUUCGAAGAAGGGUGGAAAGAAAGGUUCAAAGAGCUCCAAGAAUGGCAAGGAAGAGCCAGUGAGCAGCGGCAAGAGCAACACGCCGGUGAAGAAUGGAAGAGCAAUUGUUGCACAGACGUCGUCGUGGACAGGGAAGCUUCCGGGCUCUUUGCUACACGAGCAUUGCCAGAAGCAGAAGUGGAACAAGGUAGAGUACGAUAUGAAAAAGUUGACGGAUGGGUUUAUCGCUAUUCCGCAGCUCUCGUGGGAAAACCCUAAGACAAAGGAGCUCAUCACCAUCAAAUUCCAUCCGCCGAAGGAAAUUGUGAAGCCUCAGGAAACGCCUCUCGAGGCACGCCACUACGCUGCAACAUAUGCGCUACACAGAAUUGCUUUCAACAAGAACCUCCAUAUGGUUUUACCAAAGAAUCACAAAGACUUGUGGAGCGAUUUGGAGGCAGAGCGGAAACGGAUUACAGCAGAUAAUGAAAAACGAGCCAGACUAGAGUACGCAAACGACCCCUUUUCGGCUGUUCUCGAGAAAAGAAAGACAGAUGACGCAAAGAAAAAAGACCGUGAGGCUAAACAGGCAUCUUUAGAAAAGGUGAAAAAGGCUGCUAUCGUCAUCGGAUCUUCCCCCAGUACUACGUCGAAAACUUCUGCUGUAACUGCAAAGAGGGAGAAAAGCUCUUAUGCAGAGAGUAGAUCUGAAAACUUCUCUACCGCUGACGCCGAUGACCGUUUGAGUAAAGUUAACAAGGUGAGCUUCCCCAGGAAAGUGUGGGACAACAGUAUUCUUUUUGACUUGGACUCCGAUAUUGCCAUCUCCAUCGAAGAUGCCAUCAGAAAUCAUAUCGAGUGGUCUGAGGAGACUCAGAAAUCUGUUGAGGUUGUGGACAAGGAUGAUUCCUAUGCCCCUCUACUCGAGAAGAUAGGAUUCAGGAAAACACACAUCGAUGAAUCGCUAAAAUACACAUACACAUUUAACGACUCCUUGGAGUGGUUGAUUUUCCACUUACCAGAGGAUGACUUGCCAGCAUGUUUUGCCAAGGACGAUUCAGUUUCCAAUGUCAAAUUGAAGAUUGCCAGAGACUUGGACCAAGAACGUUUGAUAGCCAAGUUGGUCCAGGGAGGAUACAGUAGAAAUGACGCUAUUUCCAGCUUACAGCACAACAAUUUUGAUCUAACGAAAUCAGCGGUUUUUUUAACGAAUUCGCUGUUCAAGGACAAGCCACCAACAGAAAAGUCUAAAACUUCGGAUUCUUUGACAGAAUGGGUGGAAGAAAAAAAUAGUCUGAGUAUCAUUUAUGAAUCAAAAAUCAUAGAAGACGACCCACCGAAAGAUGAUGUUUUUGGAAUUUCUUUGAAUGUUGAAGGUCUCAGGCCAAAACUGCUCUCCUUGAAAGUUUAUAGAUCUGAAAGCUACCCAUACGACAUUUGUGGAAUGUUCAUAGUGGUCAAUGACCCAUCUUACUCCUUACCAAACUAUAUUAAGCUUUCAAUUAUUACCUACUUGGUUGAAUACCUUUAUGAGAUAGGAGCUUUAGGAAUGCCAUAUAUUUACACUUGUGUAGACUGGCUAGAACAAAAUAUUAUGAGAAUCAUAAACAAUCCUGGCCCUCUCUACAUACCACCUGAUGAAUUGACAAAAUUGAAGAAUAGCAGAGAUAGCAAUAGUUUGAGUUCAGGUGACAAGCCUGCUUUGGAAAAAAAAUCUAUCAAAGUGAGAAAACUUGAUACUGUCAAAAUCGAAAACCAUUAUUUGGAGAGAGUUAAAUCUUCAGGCUUUGAAAAGUCCAUCAUUAGCAGAUCCAAGUUACCUGCGUGGAAGAAGCAAAGCGACAUUGUCAAAAUCAUUAAUGACAAUCGUGUUUGCUUAGUGACAGGUGAGACAGGUUCCGGUAAAUCUACACAAAUUGUCCAGUUCGUGCUUGAUGACUUGAAUAGGAAAAAGGAUUAUCAAACUACAAUGAUUUGUACCCAGCCUAGACGUAUAUCUGCCAUAGCAUUGGCUGAUCGUAUUUCAGAAGAGAGGACUGAUAGGUGUGGCAAAGAAACUGGUUACAUCAUACGUGGUGAAAACAAAACAUCUGACGAAACUCGGAUCUCAUUUGUAACGACGGGUGUAAUGCUUAGAAUGAUACAAUCUAUUUUCGGCAGAGAGAAAGAAGUACAAGAUUCUUUUUUCAAAAAUUUAGGCUAUAUUUUUAUCGAUGAGGUUCACGAGAGAUCCAUUGAUGGUGACUUUCUAUUGAUCAUCUUGAAGAAAAUGAUCAAAAACUUCCCAAAUUUGAAGAUCAUUUUGAUGUCGGCUACCAUUGAUAAAAGCAUCUUCGAUGGAUAUUUUGGCCAGAUCACGACAAAUGAGAUAGCACAUGUCCAUAUUGAAGGGCGUACGUUCCCGAUUGAUGAUUUCUAUCUUGAUGACGUUUUAAAUAUGACCAAUUUUAAGGUCUCAAGAGGAAGGGCAAGUAGUUAUUUCAAUCAUGAUGACGACCUCAAUAUAGUGGCUCCCUCUGCAGAGUCCAAAUACUUUCAACAAGGAAACAUCAACUAUGAACUAAUAGCAGAACUAGUCUAUCGAGUGAAUGAAGACUUGGACUCCAAAAAUGAUAAGGGAUCUAUUCUAAUUUUUUUACCUGGUGCUAUGGAAAUUAAAAAGUGUUUAAACAACAUUGAAGAUGACCAUUUCUGGAAAUUACCAUUGCAUUCUGCGUUAAGUUCGCAGGAGCAAAAAAAAAUAUUUCAAAAUCCACCUCAUGGUAAACGCAAGAUAAUUGCAGCCACCAAUAUUGCGGAAACGUCCAUUACUAUACCCGAUGCUGUGGCAGUUAUUGAUACGGGUCGGGUAAAAAGUGUGCAAUAUGACUUGAAGUCUAACAACACCAAACUAGUAGAAAUUUGGGUAUCGAGAGCGGAAGCAAAGCAACGUCGGGGUCGUGCUGGUCGUAUUAGAAAUGGCUUAUGCUACAAACUGUUCACCAAAGAAACGGAACGAAAGAUGAUACCCCAACCUAUUCCCGAAAUUAAACGUACUAAACUUGAAUCGGUUUAUUUGGUUGUUAAAGCAAUCGGGGUCAAUAAUGUUUAUGAAUUUUUGCAGAGUGGACUUGAUGCUCCUCAUGAAAAUAACGUUUACAAUGCUAAAAGAGCCCUUGAGGAUAUUGGGGCACUACGCCCCAACAAUGAUGAGCUAACAGCGUUGGGAAAGUAUUUAUCCAUGUUACCUACUGAUUUGAAAUCGGGAAAAGUUUUGAUUUACGGCUGCAUUUUUGGGUGCCUUGAAAACAGUUUGACUUUAGCUGCAAUUGGAGUAACGGGUUCACCCUUCUCUUGUAAGCAUGAAGAUAGAUCUGCAAUGAAGGAAGUACAACAAAAGUUUGGAAAAGACAAUGGUGAUUCGAUUGCUAUUUUAAACGCUUAUAAAGAUUUCAAGUCGUAUUCUUCUAUGAAAGAGCGUAGAAAGUUUUGCAGUGAUAACUUUUUGUCUAUUUUGAGAAUGAAUGAUAUUGAAGCUACGAGAUUACAAUACUUGAACAGUCUGAGAGAGAUUGGUUUUAUUCCGUUCUCUUAUGAUUAUGGGAAGGACAGGAAUAGUGAUGAGGUUUUAAGAUUCAAUAGAAACAAUGACAGUAUGAGCAUUGUCAAAAGCAUCUUAACAGCCUCCUUAUACCCUCAACUUGCAAUGGUUGAGCUACCUGAUGUCAAAUAUGCACAAAGCAUUGGAGGUGCAAUUGCACUUGAUCCCGAGUUCAAGAAGAUCAAAUACUGGACGAGAAAUGAAUACUAUAGGAAAUUGUUUGACAAAGGAGAACUUGAAGUAUCUGAAAAUAAAAGUUCCGAAAGGAUAUAUCCAGCAACAAGAAUAUUCAUGCACCCAUCUUCAUCAUUAUUUAUCAACGAUGAGAAGUCUAGGGUGAACCCCUCGUUCAUAGUAUUUAAUGACUCGCAGGAGACUAGUAAGCUUUAUGCUUAUGGAGUCACACCCAGCUCAAAAAUAUCUGUUUUGUUAUUCGGUGGAAGUAUUUCAUAUGAUGUUACUAGUUUUGCUGGGUCUGCAAAAUCAAAGGGUAUCAUUAUGGAUAAUUGGCUUCCAAUUAGAACAUGGUGUAAAAACGCAGUUUUGAUUGGUAAGCUUAGAAUUUUGUUGGACAAGACGGUAAGGGCCCGCUUAGAAGAUCCUAGAAGCAACGCAGGACAAGAUGUGCUAAAAAUAAUUGAAGAACUAAUCAAGAUAAGCUUGUGAUAACCUGUAUUCAAGAAGACAAUUAUAGACCUGUACAGACAAAUAUAUAGCUGGUAAACUUAUUCAUUGACUUUCCAACCGCCGUUUGAUUCAACCAGAAUAUUUUCGGUAACCCAGAAUUCUAAGCUUGUUUUUACUAGUUGAAGAGGCAUGCCCAAAUUCAUGACUAUGAUACCCAGUUUGACAGGUUCGAGAUUAGACUCGUCUAUAAAAUUUAACACUGCUAAUUUAUCCAAUGUCACCAAAUAACUUUUUUUUACACCAUUUACUUCAAUAUCAAUAUCAGCUUUUGUGUUCUGAGGGUGAAGCUUCAAACUUCUUCCAUUUUGUAAAUUCUUGUAGCGAAGCUCGUAUGCUGCUAGAUCAUUUUGAAUAGCUGGAGGAAACUUGAAUAAAGCGACGUUGGAAGAUAAA